UCCCUGCGGUGCACAGACCCAAUAUACAACAGCUCAAUAACUGAAACAUAGAAGAAAAUAACCAGGAAACAUUUUACCCCAGUAUGAGGAGUCACCACUGUUUUACUGAGAGCAGCAGGAUGGAGAAGGUGAUCAACUGUUUCAAGAGGAACCCAGACGCUGUGGCCCGGCUGAUCUGCUUCCCCUGGGCAGGUGGAGGCUCCAUACACUACGCUCGCUGGGGAAAUGUCCUCCACAGCUGCACAGAAGUGUUUGCGGUCAAGCUUCCAGGCAGGGAAGGUCGAGCCAAGGAACCCUUCUUCCAGAGCAUGCAGCAGAUUAUUGACGAGGUCAUUAGUGUGUUGUUACCGCUGCUGAGGGAGAAGCCGUUCGCUCUCUUUGGUCACAGUUUUGGUGCCUUCACAAGCUUCGCUGUGGCAGAUGCUCUGAAGAAGCAGCACAACAUUGAACCAGUUCACAUCUUUCUGUCUGGUGCUUCUGCUCCUUACUCUGAGACACGACUCCAGGCACCAAAGAAAAGUGCUUUAUCAGAUGAUGAUUUCCUCAAGUGGCUGAUUUCGAUCGGAGGAACUCCUCCUGAGCUGCUGGGGAACCCUGACGUGCUGAAGCUCUUCCUUCCAGCGCUGAAGGCCGACCUGCACGUAGUGGAGAACUACAGGUGUAACAAGCCGGACCGUCCGUUCUUGUCCUGCCCAGUCACGUGCUUCGAUGGAAGAGACGACAUCCCUCAUGAUUUACAAGCAUGGAGAGACGUCACAUCUGGAGAGUUCACCGUCAGGUUCCUGGAUGGAGCUCAUUUCUACCUGAAAGAUCCUGAGAAUGAAAAGAUUAUAUUAAACUACAUCACGAAGCAUCUGGAAACAUCAGAAAUGGACUAUUUAUGAAGUGCAAUAUGAACAUUGCUUAAUGUACAGUUUAGUGGAUCAAGUUAAGAUAAGAUAAACCUUUUAUCUGUUCUUUUUAUAUUAAAAAUAUGUCACUUAAUCACAUACUCGUACAACUAAAUUGCACUGUGGUAUCAAACUGUCUCAACUUUACUGAAGACCCAUCACUUUUUUAGUUUAUUACAAUAAUACCCCGGCAGGAAUUGGUCUAAAGUGUAUAAAGCAACAUGUGUGGAAGCAUAACUGUUGAACAGGUGAGUGUUUGUUUUUAAAAACUGAAAUGAAGAAAUGUGUGUUUCUUAAUGCCAUAAAAAUCUGACAUGCCAAAAUAUUCAAAACAAUAUUUAAUAUUAAAAUGUAAUUAUGUGCAA